AGGACAUGUCGAAGGAGGAGAAGACGAAGAUCCAGCUGAGCUUGCGCGAGAAGCUGAUCGAGCCGGAGAAGGGCCCCUUGUUGAAGUACCUGGGUUACCUUCAGGCGUUCCUGGGGGACAACGACUUCAUGGUCGGCAAGAGCCCCACGAUAGCCGACUGCCAGAUCGUGCCUCGCCUCACCCACCUGACGAAGGGCAUUCUCGACGGCAUCCCGACCACGAUCCUGGACAGACGGCUACCCGAAGCUCAAGGCGUACCAUGCUCGCUUCUGCGCGCUGCCGCAGGUGAAGGCGUGGUACGAGAAGCAGGCAGCUGCUAAGGCCGCCGCCGCGUGAGCGGCUCUGGGGCGACGUGCCCGUCGCCCAUACAUAUUCUUAUGUGUACUUGCUUUUCACCACGACAACGAAAAGUACCCAUGCCACGGGCGCACGGUUCUGACGCAGGAAGCACCCUGGAUGCUUGCGUAGGCACCAACAGGGCGGCGCGGCUCUUGCCACAGCAUGCCGCGCUCCGCGUCGGUGCGCGCGGGGGCCGACGGUGUGUAUCCGUCUCCUUCUCCUCCUUCAGCUCCUCCUCCUCCUCCUCCUCCUCCUCCUCUUCC